AUGAAACCUAAUAAUCCUUUACAAAUAACAAUUAUAAUGGUUAUCCAUCAUAUUAAUUACAACUAUAAUCAAUCCAUGAUGAACAAUAAUAAUAAUACUUUAAUGCUUUACAAAGAUGCUAAUUUACAUUUUCAACUAUUUAUAGCUGACUCUAAUGCUUUAGCUCAGCUGUUCCCUUCACAUACUGGUCAUACUAAUGCUAAUCCACCACUAUCCGCAAACUAUAUUCCUAAUCCUAACUCUCUCCAACAAAAUCAUAACGUCCUUUGUUUUGACAUUCCUGACUUUAAGAUUAUUAUUAUUUCUGUAGAUAAUUUGACUUUAAAUGUUGUUAAUAAUAGCUCUCAACAACAACAAUUUAAUAAUUAUAAUAAUUUUA